CUCUACAAGGACGUCAUGAUGACAAUCAGCCGCCCCUCACAUCACCGACCGAUGGAUCCAGUCAUGGGAACCCACCAGAGAGAUGUCCCCAUCCUCUGUAAUUCCCGGGAUUCCAUCCACACAGGAAGGUCACACCAUCCCUCACCAUCAUCAGAGUGGAAACCUGAGAGAUCCUAAAGUUGAGGUUAAAGAAGAGAUAAAAGAGGAGGAGGAUGAGGAUUGGGGGAUGGAGGAGUCAGAGCUUCUAAAGGACAUCAUGGUGGAGUCAUCCAGCUACAGGAACCCACCAGAGAGAUGUCCCCGUCCUCUGUAUUCCUGGGAUUCCACACAGGAAGGUCACACCAUCCCUCACCAUUACAAGGUUGAUGGAUCCAGUCAUGGGAACCCCAAAAACAGAGAGAUGUCCCCGUCCUCUCUAUUCCGGCCAUUCACACAGGAAGGUCACACCAUCCCUCACCAUCAUCAGAGUGGAAUCCUCGGGGAUGAUAAUAUUGAUGUUAAAGAAGAGUAUAAAGGAGGAUGAGGAGUAUGGAGUGAUGGAGGAGUUUUUCAGAAGGACACAAGGAUGUGAUGAGCCACCUAAUACCAGGAACCCACCAGAGAGAUGUCCACGUCCUCUGUAUUCCGGGAUUCCACACAGGAAGGUCACACCAUCCCACACUGUUACAAGAGUGGAGAUCCAAUCGAUAUAGAAUUUGAGGUGAAAGCAGAAGAAGAAGAAGAGGCGUAUGUGAGGGAUAUCAGCAGUCUAUGGAGGAGGAUGGAAUAACGGGGACAUUUAUAGAGGAGGACACUCCUACAGAGAUCAGCACAGGUGGGUCAUGAACACUAAAUUUAUCCUCCACUACAU